GAGCUGGACUUUGCAUCUGAUCGUUUGAGGAGCGAAAGCAGCGUGAAAAACGGCUCACUCGGGUUAAGUCAACGGACUCGCUUCAGUAAACUGUGCUCUAGAGAGGAGUUCAUCCAUCAUCUAUAACGUGUUUCAAAUCUGCAGGGAUAUUUUUCCACACUUCCAAAUUUCAGUCUGACAAGUUGGUUGCAUUCCCUGCCUGCCACGAUCCAGGAACCAUGUCACGCGCCACAUCCAAGAGUCGAGCUGAUAAGGGACGGACCACAUCUGCACAGCCCCCACCUCCCACUCAAACUCCAGACGUGGUGGACAUUGUCUGUGGUCGCCUCACAGAGUCUGAAUGGCUGUCCAUGAUAUCUGAGCAAGAUGGAGAGGACAUUGUGGCAGACACGGUGGAGGAACUCUUGAAUAGUGUGAUGGAGAAGUGUUACGAGUUGGACCUUAAGGAACAGCUAGUGCCAUUCUGUGUGGCUUGGGCAAAGGAUGCUAUGGUCCAGGUGAUAAAUUACCAAUACCUAAUGCGUGAUGAAGGUGAUGAAGCGAACAUAAUCUCAGACUUGCAGGAGGACACGGAACCUCUCCCUUCCAUCCCAGACUCUUGGGCUGAAGGCUGUGUGCCUGUUAUCAGAAUCCCAAAUCCCUCACAGGACUGUAAGUUAGAUGUACAGGAGGAUGACGUCAAGGAUCCACCACAAAAACAGAGAUGCCAGUCAAUGAAGAAAACAGAAUCUCCACACAAAGAAUCCAGAGGAGAGAGAAAGCGAAGCGGCAGGCCUCUGAAACUAAUCCCUGCUCAGGCAAAGUUGGAACUGCAAAGAAAGCCACAUCCACCUGAGAUACCAUCACCAAAUAAGCUGAAGCAUUCAACUAGUAUGAUUUCUGCAGGACCACCAUCAGAAUGAGGUUCUCCAUCACAAAGUGUGUAACAGGUGCCUCAGCACCUGCGGUCAGCACAGAGAAUGAUGUUGGAGAACUCUGUCUUUUAGAGGAUGAAGAUCCAAACACCUUUUUUAAGGUGGUCUACACAGAUGAAUGGAGAUGCUAUCUAGUUCUUUCAUUUAUACAAAGGCAUGCUAGCCAAGCUGAUAACAGGUGGAAGGCCCUGAGAACCAGUUUGCUUGCUUGUAAGACAAUACAUAGUUCUCAGAAAAUCAUCUCACUUUAAGAGCCUGUGACAACAUUAAAACAAAAGACCAUCUACAAGCAAUGUGAGAAUCGGGCUUGUGCUUAUUUAGCCUCACAUGAAUACAAGGUAUUCUGCUGUAAAUGUAAAAGCAUUCGCAACUUUACAGACAUUGUUAACGAGUUUUAAAUGGUUUAAAUGCUUUAGGAUGCCUAUUUAUGGUUCUGCAUGUUAACUGCAUGUGUCAAACAGAUGAAAUUAAUGAGCAGCUUGUUUUCAGAUUUUAACAUUUCAGCUUUUUCUAAAUUAAACGGCCACAUUAAAAACUAUAUCACCGACAUACCUGAAUUGGUUUAUUAAACAUUUUGCUACCAUCAGCUGCACUCUCUUCCUUGUCAUUUCCACCUUUGGUAUCGGUCAGGGCUUGAUUGUACUGAAAAGCUUCUGUGGCAAACAUUACCUGCUUAAGUGAGUUUAUUCAAGUUCGCACUAUGAGGCUACUUAAAUCUUGCAUUAGCAUGUGAUUCAUAUCUGGGUGGUAUCUGGAUAUACUUUGGCCUUUACACUAAUCAUACCAGAUGAGAUGAGGGUUUUACUUUUCUUCAUUAAAAGCACUUCAGCAUAUAUACUUGUAUGCAAAAGUUUGGGCGCCCCUGGUCAAAUGACAUGUUUUGUUGAUUUUCUAAGUGAAGAUAUGUUACUUAGUCUACUAAGAAACUACAGUCUACAGAUAACACACCUCUGAACAUUCUGCACUAUUACUGUUUAUUUGCAGAAUCUGACAUAUUAAGAAAAAAUAAAAUGAGGU